UACCAUACGCUCACAGAAUUUGGUGUAACACCGGAAGUGUCUGCCCAGGGUUUGUCGAAGAAGUGCUAACGGCUACGCUAAUGCAUUUCAGAGCUCAAUGCGAUUCUCUGACUGGAUGUUGUCAUCUCCAUCUCGGACACAAGUUUACACACUAUCACCAUGCUACCGCAGCAGUAAACCUUCUUCACGGCAGUACAAAUAAACGACUGCAUAUCCUUCUGCUUAUCCAAGCGGUGAAACUAGGCAGGUGUGAAUGACAGACGUGGUGGCUACCACCGCCCUCAGUGAAAUAAAGCUCCGCCUACUCUGCCACGAUGACAUAGAGAGAAUAAAAGUGCUCUGUGGCGAGUGGUUUCCCAUUGAGUAUCCAGACUUAUGGUACCAUGACAUCACAUCAAAUAAGAAGUUCUUCUCUCUGGCUGCCACCUUUAGAGGGGGAAUUGUCGGGAUGAUUGUGGCAGAAAUAAAAAGCAGAACGAAAGUGCACAAAGAGGAUGGAGACAUAUUGGCCUCCAGCUUUCCUGUUGAAACUCAAGUUGCGUACAUCCUGAGUUUAGGGGUCGUGAAGGAGUUUCGAAAACAUGGAAUAGGCUCUCUGUUGCUGGACAGUUUAAAGGAGCACAUCUCCACCACGGCUCAGGACCAUUGUAAAGCCAUCUACUUGCAUGUGCUCACCACCAAUAACACUGCCAUUCACUUCUAUGAGAACAGAGACUUUAAACAGCACCAUUAUUUACCGUAUUACUACUCUAUACGAGGAGUGCUGAAGGAUGGCUUCACCUACGUCCUGUACAUCAAUGGUGGACAUCCUCCAUGGACUCUCUUUGAUUAUAUUCAUCAUAUAGGUUCGGCCCUGGCCAGUCUGAGCCCCUGCUCAAUUCCUCAGAGAAUUUACCGCCAAGCACAGAAUCUGCUGCGCAGCUUUCUGCCCUGGUCCAGCAUCUCUUCCAAGAGCGGCAUUGAGUACAGCAGAACCAUGUGAGGUCACGACAGUGCAGGGUGGAAGAGAUUGAUUUGUGUGGGUCACAUCAGAAGGUGAAGAGGAAUGUGAAGACUGAUAUCAGAUCUCUCUGGUCUCGACUCUUGAGCAGUGUAUUAUACUUGUACAUUUUAUAUGUAUAUACAUAUAUAUACUUUCAUUAAUAUAUUAUGCAUAGUCAUUAUUAGAUUGCCCACUUAAUAUAAACUCUCCACGUCAUGCCUGUAAUUCUGUUGCUGUGUAGAAAUAUUCUAUUGUUUAUCUGGACUUUUUUGAUAUAAAUAGAUUUUUUUUUUUUGGUGGCUGUUUUAUAAAGAUGAUUUUAAGGUUGGAUGGUAGAAGUAUGCAUACUUUUGCCAUUUAGUCACUGUCAUGCAUGUCAAGCUCUAUUGUUUUUGUGUGUGUGUGUGUGUGUGCAGGAACACUUUGACACUAAUCAUAUAUUUUAGCCUCCAUUUUUAAGUUUUUUAAUAACAUUUGCACAGAGGCAAUGAAUGUAGUGUUGCUUUGAAGAAAGAAAGAAAGAAAAAAAAACUUACAGACAACCCUCCAUCUCACCAAAUGUGUAUUGCUACUGUCAAAUGCAAAUGUGAAAAAACCUUUUUAAAUUCAGAUCAACUUAAUUUAGCUAGAGUUACAUCCUGCCAUCCCAUGCAGUGUUCUUUCUGUUCUUUUAAAGGGGAGAUAAAUGAAUGUUUUGGGGAAGAGAAAUGCUUGAAUUUUGGUAUGUUGCUGUGAAUCGGGGAUGUACACACAAAAUAAACAGAUUUAUAAAUCAA